AAACUUGGUGGUGGUGGUGUGAUAUGUUGGUGUAUUGUCUAUUAUAUUAUUUGAUGAUUUCCAAAGACCUCUAAGACAAUACCAUGUCAUCUUAUCUAUGCUCUUGUCGCCUUGUAUACUCUUAUCUUUGCUCUAGUCUUCACCAAUCAUUCAUGUACCCAAUACUUUCUUAAUAUUCAUUUUAUAUAUACUCAUUGCUACAAGCAUUUACAACCAACACAAAUCAUUCAAAUCCUAAAGCAUUACAAUAUCAAAAACUUUCCCUUGCUUACAAGUCUUUUUCAAAACAUCUUCUUUUCAACUUUCUACGCAUAAUAUAAUGGGUUUUCGUUUUCCAAGCAUGAUCAGAAGAGCAUCAUCUUCAAAAGCUAUGACCAUGCCAAAAGGAUAUGUUGCUGUGUAUGUUGGAGAGAAACUAAAGCGAUUUGUGAUUCCAAUAUCAUACUUGAAUCAACCUUUAUUUCAAGACUUGCUGUGUAAAGCCGAGGAAGAGUUUGGAUACGAUCAUCCGAUGGGUGGCCUCACCAUUCCUUGCACAGAAGAUGUGUUCCAAAAUAUAACUUGUGGCUUGAAUGGACUAUGAAACUAACACCCAAAGAGACUGACAUAGCUUGGUAGAGAUAUGUUUUUGUAGACUAGGCAUCUUAGCAAAUUGUAAAGAUGUGAAAAACUGAGCAUUAGAUUGACAGAGUUAGAAUUUAAUGAUAAUGAAUUCAAUUACUCAAACAUCAUCUCUGUGUUUUUGGUUUAUUGCACUUAAGAACAUAUGAAAUAUACUAUAUGAGUAAUGUUGCUUGCAAUUCAUAAAAAAGGAGUUGGUAUCCUGGAAAAUUGGAAUAGUCUGAAGUGGAGUUGAAAAAAUGAAAUCCGGAUAAUGAUGGAAUGAGGUUAUCAUAGGCUUCUGAAGUUUCAAAUUCAAUUAGGUUAAGAAUGGUAGAUACAUCAAGAAGGGUAGAUGUCUUAAUACCGCAAGGAAAAAUAAAGACGUCCUAGACAUGUGAUGCUUCAACUCUCAUUUGCAUAACUCUUCAAUCAUUUAUGCACCUAGUGGUUUUCUAAACAAUAAAAUAAGUAUUUUUGUACUCGUGAAACAUCAAAUACUUAAUCAUAGUCUAACAUUGUUAUUUUUCCUUAGUUAUUUAUGUUACAUACAUGUUCAUAUUUCAGAUUUAAUAAUAAACUUUGUAACAGAA